AUGUCCGGAAAGAAUGAGGCCAUGGGCCAGAUAGCCCAGAGUCUGUCCUCGAUGUCCCUCACCGGAGAGGAGGAUGAUGUCUUUUCAGGUGGCGGCGGAACUGGGAACCUCCGUCUCACCAAGAUUCCCGAUGGCCCUGCUCUUCAUCGCGGCGGUCAGGCGCCUCAGGCCGCCUCUCCUUCUCGCAAAGGUAGGGCUAUGGGUUUCCGGGAGGCUUUUGGCUUGGACGCGCAGGAAAUAUACUCUCCUGGCGCGUGCGUUUUUGUCGCCAACCUUCCGAACCAUGUUGAAGACUCCGUGCUUGAGACGGAGGUUAACGCUGUCUUUUCCCGUUUUGGAGCCGUCUUCGUCAAGAUUCGUCGCGAUGGCCGAACUCGGAUGCCAUUUGCGUUCUGCCAGUUUACUACGUUCGAGGACGCGCAGCGAGCUCUAGUCAAAGGAAAAGGAAUCGAGAUCUUCGGACGCCCUUGCCGCACAGAGAAAGUCAGAGCUAAUUGUGAUUUCUACGUCUACCGAAGAGAUAACCGCGAUACUUCCAUUAAAGAGGCCAAGGAGCUCCUCGAACCCUUUGGGCGUAUUUCCAAGGCCGAAAUUCUUCAUCCGCAGACCGCCAACCUGCUGGGCCUAUCGGCCUCUGGGGUCUUGGUGUCGUUCAUGGUCUUCGACGCCAAGAGAGAUGUCGUGGGUGCCCUGCAGGAUGACGAGGCGUAUUGUGUCAGAACCUUCUCCCAGAGCAAAGUGGCUCCUCGGACCCCCCAGAGGGAGAAGCCGGCUAUGGUUCAGGACUGGUCCCGCCAGUACGAGUAUCACAAGCGUACUAUCUUCGUCUCCAACCUGCCUGCGGAUAUCUCCAAGGAGACUUUGCACAACAUGGCAAGUGAAUUCGGCGAGGUCAUUAACAUUACCAUCAAGUGGAGCAAUCUGAGUGGCCACCGGAAGGCAUUCGCGUUCAUUGAAUUUGACAACCACGAAUCCCCUAAUGUGGCGGUUGCUGAACUAGAUGGGACACCUGUGCCCGGUGGAGAUGGCAAGCUUAUUGUCGAGAGAAAGUCCUGCAAGGUUCUGAAUCCUGGUGCAAUCAUGACUCCGGACACCCGCCAUCGGCGCCUCAUCAAAUCUCACGAAGAGAGCGACAUCGAGUCCAAGGAGAAGGAGAUGGUUCCACAGACGGGUACUCCUGUUGCAGGAUCGGGAAUGGUCUCGCCGGAGCAGUCGCAGUCUGCAGCGGCUCAGUCGUACCACCCGCAGGCUCACCCUAUGAUGGGAUACUCGCCCCUCACCCCUCAGGGAUAUGGAUACUACUCGUAUUCGCCUGCAUUCUCGCCUGCGCAGCUCUUUUCCCCGUUUGCCGUACGGACUCCCUACUACGAUCCGAGUUUGUACCAUGCUACCUUUUCCUCGCCUUCGUACAUGAUGGGAGGUUAUCCUCCCUCGAUUCCAGAGACGGGUCAGACUUCUCGGUCCGAGCCUGCCAAUGUUGAGAAGGAACCCGAGGAGAAGAAGGAAGAUUGAGCAGGUCCAGGCAACUAUUCGGACCUCUCCCCACUUCCCCCCUUUGCUGCUUUCUUUUACUUUGCCCGCCUCUUGCUUGAAACGGGGCUGAAAAAAAAGGAAGAAAAAAAAGAAAAAAGGAAAAAAAAAAUUGUUCUCCUCUUGUUAUAGAGGGACAAGAAUAUUCGGCGUUCUGUUUUUGAUUCUGAGAGAUACCCAGUAGCUCAUCUUCUGCAUUGUCUGCUGAGGACAACAAAGGAGACCAGAGGAGAAGAGAAGCCUUCUUCUGCAUGAGCCAGGGGGCCUCCAGUCACU